UCGAGAGCGGCAACGACAAGGGUUUUGCCGACUGAUAACAUGGCGUCAGGAGACGGAGAUGAUUCACUUUACCCGAUCGCUGUACUGAUAGAUGAGCUUCGAAACGAGGAUGUUCAAUUGCGGCUGAACUCCAUCAAGAAACUUUCGACCAUCGCCUUGGCUUUGGGUGUAGAAAGAACGAGAAGUGAACUCAUACCUUUUCUAACCGACACAAUUUAUGAUGAAGAUGAGGUCCUUUUAGCACUUGCAGAACAGCUUGGUUCUUUUACCCCUUUAGUUGGAGGUCCAGACUUUGUACAUUGUUUACUGCCUCCACUUGAGAGUUUAGCAACUGUGGAAGAAACAGUGGUUAGGGAUAAGGCAGUUGAAUCGUUAAGAACUAUUGCAGCUGAUCAUUCAACACAAGACCUAGAAAAUCAUUUUGUUCCUCUAGUUAAGAGGUUAUCACAAGGAGAUUGGUUUACCUCCAGAACUUCAGCUUGUGGGCUGUUUGCAGUAGCAUAUGCUCGCAUUAAUGCAAGCCUAAAAGCAGAACUGAGAAGCCAUUUUAAAAGUUUGUGUGCAGAUGAUACACCCAUGGUUAGAAGAGCAGCUUCUGGAAAACUUGGUGAAUUUGCAAAAUGUGUGGAGCUGGAGUUUGUCAAAUCAGAUCUUGUUCCAUUGUUCAAUAACUUAGCCAGUGAUGAACAAGACUCUGUUAGGUUGCUAGCUGUUGAGGGUUGUUCAAAUAUUGCUUCAAUCCUGCCUGAUGAGGAUAAAGAGACUUUGCUUAUGCCUACAGUGAGAGCUGCCGCACAGGACAAAUCAUGGAGAGUACGUUACAUGGUUGCAGACAAAUUCACUGAGUUGCAAAAUGCUGUGGGAUCUGAGAUCACCAAGACUGACCUGGUACCAGCCUUUCAAGGUUUACUUAAAGACUGUGAGGCAGAAGUCAGAGCUGCUGCUGCAGGAAAAGUCAAAGAUUUUGCUGAAAAAGUUCCUGAAGAUGUCCGUGAACAAGUCUUGAUGACAAAUUUACUUCCUUGUGUCAAGGACUUGGUCAUGGAUCCAAAUCAACAUGUUAAAUCUGCUUUAGCAUCUGUUAUUAUGGGACUCUCACCAAUGUUGGGAAAGGAUAACACCAUUGAACAUCUUCUUCCUCUGUUCCUCACUAUGUUAAAAGAUGAGAUUCCUGAAGUCCGUCUCAAUAUAAUAUCAAAUCUGGACUGUGUGAAUCAAGUCAUUGGUGUCAACCAACUGUCACAGUCCUUGCUUCCUGCCAUCUUUGAGCUUGCCGGAGACACCAAGUGGCGUGUGCGACUGGCAAUCAUUGAGUAUAUGCCAUUGUUAGCCAGUCAGUUGGGAGUGGAGUUCUUUGAUGAGAAGCUCAACAGCUUGUGCAUGACAUGGCUUGUAGAUCAUGUGUAUGCCAUACGAGAAGCUGCUGCUAAAAACCUCAAAAAGUUAGUUGAAAAGUUUGGAGCUGAAUGGGCGCAGAAUCAAGUUAUUCCCAAGGUUUUAGCCAUGGCUACAACUACAAACUAUCUUCAUCGUUUGACUACUCUAUACUCUGUGAAUGUUUUAGCAGAAGUUAUGGGACCCGAAAGUGUAGUCAAACUCAUGCUUCCUGUUGUAAUCGGUUUAGCAGAUGAUUCCGUCGCUAAUGUUCGCUUUAAUGUUGCAAAAACUUUACAAAAAAUCGCACCCGCUCUGGAUGAGAGUACCAUCAAAUCACAGAUCAAACCAGUCCUUGAUAAACUGAAUGGCGAUGCUGAUGCAGAUGUGAAGUAUUUUGCUCAGGAAGCUUUGACAGUUUUCUAGUACCAUCUUUAAGUCGUCUAGUUCAAGAUUUGUCGAUAUCCUGUCCGCAGCCGAACCAUCCUAUCUCUUGAAAUAACACUACGUUGAUAACAAAGCUUAGGCCUGACCAGACGACCGUUCAAACUUAUCCAGCCCACGCAUGUGUGAUCCAAGGAUUUGGCCGACUCAGUGAUCUUAUAGAAUGAUUUCAAGUAGACGUUAGGUGGCAUCUUAAUCAACUGACCAUUGUUAAACUAAUAUGAGACGCAACAAAAGAGAAAAGCCCUAAUCGAGCGCACUUUCAGAUAUGUUAUUUCGUGAACAGGUACAACUAACUCGAAUGUUGCCAAGGAAAAUACUUUUUUAUAUAAUUGCCUUUAUUUGUAAGGAGACGGGAAUGCUGGAAAUAAGACUUUGACUUUUGGUGUUGUUUAUAAGAUAAAUCUAUGGGACUAAAUUAAUUUGCCUGUGUUUGUGAUUUAGUUGGAUGGAAAGUACCGUCACGAGCAUGAAAUAAUUAGAUGUUUGGAGAGGUAUUUAGUUACGUUUCAGACAGAAGUUUAACUGUGUUGGAAAUUGCGUAUGAGUGGAAGAUUUUAUAAUUGCUAUUGUUAUUAUUUUGGUAAUCAUUAAACCUGUAUAGCUGACGUUUUGACUGUACGUGUAUACGAAAUAACAUCAAUUAUUGUAUUAAAAGUCUUAUAGUUUGCUGUC